AUGGCCUCCCAGACCCUCGUGGGGUUCCAGGCCUCCAACCAGAGCCAGCUCCCACCUCCAAAUGCCACGCUGUGUGACGGUGCUCAGGAAGCCUGGCACCUGCUGCACAAGGUGCUACCGACUUGCGUCGUGGCCAUCUGCUCGGGCGGCCUGCUGGGAAACCUCUUCGUGCUGUCGGUCUUCCUCGUGCCUCGACGGCGUCUGAACGCGGCGGAAAUCUACCUGGCCCACCUGGCCGCUUCUGACCUGGUGUUCGCCUUGGGCUUGCCCUUCUGGGCCGAGACCAUCCGGAACGGAUUCCACUGGCCUUUCGGAGCCCCCCUCUGCCGCGUGGUCAACGGCGUCAUCAAGGCCAACCUGUUCAUCAGCAUCUUCCUGGUGGUGGCCAUCAGCCGGGACCGCUACCGCGCGCUGGUGCACCCCGUGGCCAGCUGGAGGCGGCGGCGGCGGCGCCACUGGGCCCAGGCCACCUGCGUGCUCAUCUGGACGGCGGGGGGCCUCCUGAGCAUCCCCACGUUCCUGCUGCGCUCCGUCCAAGCGGUCCCGGAGCUGAACGUCUCCGCCUGCGUGCUGCCCUUCCCCCACGAGGCCUGGGCCUUCGUCAGGACGGUGGAGUUGAACGUGCUGGGCUUUCUCCUCCCGCUGGCUGCCAUCCUCUUCUUCAACUACCACAUCCUGGCAGCCCUGCGGGGGCGGCAGCUCAGCAGGACAAGGUGCGGGGGCCCCAGGGAUGGCAAGACCACGGCGCUGAUCCUCACGCUUGUGGCCGUCUUCCUGCUCUGCUGGACCCCGUACCACGUCUGUGCCUUCCUGGAAUUCCUGCUCCACGUGCGGGCCAUCCGAGGCUGCUUCUGGGAGGAUUUCACCGACCUGGGCUUGCAGUACACCAACUUCUUUGCUUUCAUCAACAGCUGCCUAAAUCCAGUCAUCUACGUCUUUUGGGGCCAGCUUUUCAGAACCAAGAUCUGGGAACUGUAUCACCGAUGCCUCCCCAGAAAGCUCACUGCCGUGUCCUCGUCCCGUAGGAAAGAAAUCUUCCAAAUUUUCUGGCGGCAUUAA